AUGCCGACAGAUUUUGUACCUACGCGCCUUCUAAAGCUUGGGACGAAUGACGACCAGCACAAAGAUGAUGCAGACGAUCUCUCAAGAGAAUUGGCCUUCAUGCCUAAAAUAUACCAGCGAGCAUGGGUGACCAUUUCAGCUUCUACGGCCGAUGACGUAUCGAAAGGGUUCUUGCAAGACCGUGGCUACAAAGUCAUAGUCGGCCAAACGCCCCUCGAAAAGUCACCCGUAUUUUCACUUCCAUACGUCUUCGUAGACGGCAUUCGCACCAGCAAUAUCAUUCUCGGUGAGGCGAGAGAGCCUACAGAUGAGACCGAAACAACUCCGAUACAUCAACGCGCCUGGACAUAUCAAGAGCGAAGACUGUCGCCGAGAGUGCUUGAAUUCACCAAAACCGCCAUCACGUUUAUUUGUCGCACGGGCGAAUUCCGCCGGGGCUCAGGUUCCCACCCAUGGGUGACACGAGGAGCCGAAACAUGGGACGAGCAAGAGCGGAUACUGCCGUGUAUACAGAGCCAAGACCUACCGAGUUGGCAUGCAAUCGUCAAGGACUACGUGAUCCGCGAACUCACAUUCCCGAGUGAUAAGCUCCGGGCGAUUGCAGCUUUGGCCGAUCUAUACAGGAUCAAGAAUAAGCAGACGUAUGUGGCGGGACUUUGGAAAGAAACAAUCGUUCUCGAUCUAUGCUGGUACUCACGUUACCCUGUAGACAAGUUUGCCAGGGUUUCCACGCCGCGACCGCGAGAAUAUCGUGCGCCAAGCUGGUCUUGGGCAGCGAUCGACGUCGAAGCGACAAGACAGUUACGGUUUCUCGAAAACACCAUGCCAAGGGGUAUAAGCCCCUCAAAUAACUUCAACACCAUAUGGAAUUGUCAUCUUGAGCAAGAUGCAGUGCUUGUUGAUCUCGUCUUGGAACAGAUACCGCCUAAUACCACUUACGGACAGAUCCGUUCGGCAAGCUUGACUCUAGAGGGAUUGGCACUGAAUACCAAGUGGUCGUUUAAUGAAGGCUACCAUAGUCUCCAGAACUUGGGGUCUGACUCUGUCUUUGUCCCUGACUCGAUCCUUACACCUGGCUCGAUCCUUCGUCGCUCUGUCUUCCCUACCACUUCCAUGUUCACUACGAGAGAUGCUAUGGAAGAUAUGACACCCACUACCGCAGAUGAGUGGCCUGUCGUCGCAUUUAUCUUGGUGCGCGGAACAGGAGGCAUUGAAAUACGCGAAAAAAUUGUUUUCGGCCUGCUUCUUCUCGAGGAGGCAUCGGGACAGCACCGGCGAGUGGGGACAUUUCAGAUGGCAUUGGGUCCAGAUCGAUAUGAAACAUAUGACUGCCCUCUUGACACUAGUAAGAUGUUCCAGAGACGGAGUAUCACGAUCAUAUGA